AAAACAAUUCACGUCAUGGUUUACAUGAAAGUUAAAAUUAUUUUCUUUCUUCUCGUCGCUUCUACAUUCAUCGAGAGCGUUUUGUUGGUGCCCUCUCGAGGAAGAAGUUUUGGAUCCUCUGGAGGAGGAGAAGGAAGAGGAGGAUGUCAUGGAAGAAAACCAAGGCCUACCUUUGUUCAACCUAUGCCACAAAAUCCUCAAUCGCCGCCCCAAACGCCGCCUUCUCAAAUUCCGCCUUAUCUAAUGGCGCUCUUUCAGCAAUUUGUAGCUGCACUUGCAGCUGCAGCUACAGCUCCACCUCCAGCAAAUAAUGGGACAGCCUAAUCCACCAGCGUAAUACCUGUUAUAUGAACUGACAUCAAGCGUCCCCCGGCAAAUCAAGAUUAUCUUACCGAUCCUACUUUUAAGAUAUCCAUGGAAAGUGCACUUUCAUGUCGAAAUUCCAAUUGAUAACAAUGUCAAAAUUCAGUUUUAAUAAUGUGUUUUUUUUUCUCCAAAAUAUUCAAUAAAGAUUUUUCUUAAAUGGGCUAAUGCCAAAUCAGCAUCCAAA